GUGCACGGUGCGUUGAGAGAGAGAGAGAGAGGUGCGGCCAAGUCUCCCGCUGCCUUCCCCUCCCGGGACAGGAGGCGGUGCAAGAGGCGCGCUUGGGACAGUGGGAGGAGGGAGGGAAGAGUGGAAGGAGGGAGGGAGAUAGAGAGAGGGAGAGAGAGUGUGAGGAGGGAGAGAGAGAGGGGUAGUGCAGUGCGGGCAGCACCGAGUUGCUGAGAGUGGCGGCGAUGAGCGGCGAGCAGCGGGGCUCCAGCCGGCGGGGCAGCGCCGACCCGGGUGCGAUCCCGGCCGGCCGGGAGCAGUCGGUGUCCGCCGGCAGCUACUGGCAGGACCCGCUGGCCAUCGACAUUAGCCGCUGCGCCCUGCCCGCCCCCAAGGUCCGCAGCCGGGCGGUCCAAGCCGUCUAUGUGGUCAGCGAGACGGCGAGCCCGCAGUCCGAGGAAAGCCUCCACCUGCGCUGCCUCCGGGAGGCGUGUGUGGAUGCCGGCGCCGUGCUCGACACUGUGCCCAUCAGCCGCCUGGUGCUGGGCGAGACGGGAACUCUGGACUGCUUCUACAACGCAGAUGUUGCAGUGGUGGAGUUGACCGACCCGUACUACCACUCGUCACUCUUCUAUCACCUUGGUGUCCGGGAGAGCUUCAGCAUGACGAACAAUGUGAUCCUGUGCAGCGACAACAACGUAACCACGCUGCAGUCACUGCAGGAUAUCGUUUGUCAGAAAAAUAUGGACUCUAGUGGAAACUACACCUUCAUCCCGUACAUUGUGACACCGAGUGGGAAGCUCUUCUGCUGUGAAGCCAGCAUGAUGAAGGGUCUGACGGAAAUGUUCCAGCCACACUUCAACCUGGAGACUCUACUGGUGCCCUUGAUAGAUCACCUCACAAAAUUACUGGAGGAGACCCAGAUUAAUUCUUGUGAGUAUUUUCGGGAAACCAUUCGGAAUGACAUUCGCAAAGCGAGGGAGACGUACAACGGGCAGGAGCUGCGGGAAGCACUAGCACGGAUCCAGCAGCGCCUCGACAGCGUCGAGCUUCUGAGUGCGGACAUUGUGGUGAACCUCCUGCUGUCCUACCGAGACGUACAGGAUUUUGAUGGGACGGUCAAGCUGGUGGAGACGCUGCAGAAGCUGCCGACCUGUAGCGUGGCCGAGCUCCCCAUCAUCAAGUUCCAUUACUGCUUUGCACUGAACAGGCGGAACCUGCCUGGAGAUCGAGAGAAGGCCCUGUCGGUGAUCUUGCCAAUGAUGGAGACGGGAGCGCAGAUCUCCUCUGACCUCUACUGCCUUUGCGGGCGCAUAUACAAAGAUAUCUUCAUCAGCUCCAACUUCAUCUCCAGCGAGAGUCGAGACAAGUCCUGUUACUGGUACCGGAUGGCCUUCGAGCACGAACCCACCCUGCACUCGGGCAUCAAUGUUGCCGUAUUCCUCAUGGCCGCCGGACAUCGCUUCGACACGUCAUCUGAUCUCCGGAAAAUAGGAAUCAAGCUGAGCAGCUUGCUGGGACGGCAGGGGAGCCUGGAGAAGAUGCACUUUUACUGGGACGUGGGCUUUUACUUUGGGACUUGCAUCUUGUUCAAUGACCAACUCAAAAUGAUCCAGGGCUCGGAGAAGCUGUACCGUCUGAACGCCCCUGUCUGGUACCUGGCAUCAGCGAUGGAAACCUACUUGCUCUACAAACGCUUCAAGACCGACGUCAGUGAGCAGCCUUCUGCCCGACAGGAGCUGGUGGAUUUCUGGAUGGAAUUCCUUCUCUCAAUCUGCAGGAACAAAGCACCCACUGACAAAUUCCUGGUCCUCAUCCUGGAGCCAACCAAGAUCUUCCAACCCACCCGGAUCCUUGUGAACGAGAGUGACACAGACAAGGCUGUGAAGAUGUGCCACGUCUCACCCAAGGAGAAGAAUGGGAUCUAUACGUGGACCUUCAGCGCCUCCUCCAUCCGUGGUGUGAGUGUCUCAAAGUUUGAUGAGCGUUGCUGCUUCCUGUACGUCUUGCACAACUCAGAUGAUUUUCAGCUCUACUUUCCAACAGAAUUGCACUGCAAAAGGUUCUGCGAGCUGCUGAAUUAUUUCACUGACAAAACCAAGCUGGCCGCCGAUGAUGGGCUGAGACCGGCAGAGGAGCAGUUGGAGUACGGCUAUGAGUACAUUGAGAAUGGGGAGCGGCUGAUCCUCGGGAAGGGAACGUAUGGUGUGGUCUAUGCUGGCCGGGACCUCAACAGCCAAGUCCGCAUUGCGAUCAAAGAGAUUCCAGAGAGAGACAACAGAUACUCGCAACCACUUCAUGAAGAAAUCGCUCUCCACAAGCGCCUGAAACACCGCAACAUUGUCCAGUACCUGGGAUCGGUUAGCCAGGACGGCUUCAUCAAAAUCUUCAUGGAGGAGGUCCCGGGAGGAAGUCUCUCCGCCCUGCUGCACUCCAAGUGGGGGCCCCUGAAAGACAAUGAAGCCACCAUCGUCUUCUACACCAGGCAGAUCCUGGAAGGGCUGAAGUAUCUGCAUGAGAAUCAGAUUGUACACAGAGACAUUAAGGGAGACAACGUACUGAUAAACACCUACAGCGGAGUGCUGAAAAUCUCCGACUUCGGGACAUCGAAGAGGCUCGCGGGAAUCAAUCCCUGCACGGAAACGUUCACAGGAACCCUUCAGUACAUGGCCCCAGAGAUCAUUGACAAAGGACCAAGAGGCUACGGGAUGCCUGCAGAUAUCUGGUCUCUGGCCUGCACUGUCAUUGAAAUGGCCACAGGAAAACCACCUUUCUUUGAAUUGGGAGAGCCGCAGGCUGCUAUGUUUAAGGUGGGAAUGUUUAAGAUCCACCCGGAGAUCCCAGAGUCCAUGUCCAUCGAGGCAAAGACCUUCCUUCUCCGUGGCUUUGAGCCCAACCCUGAUCAAAGGGCCACGGCUGCCGAGCUCCUCAAGGACACCUUCCUCAGUCGGAAGAAAAAACUGCCCCCAAAGCCCGGUGAAUUUCAUCACAGCCUGUCCGUGCCUGCCUCGGCCCACCGCAAGGACGAGGCUGAGAGCCGUCAUCCCUUGGAUUUCAAGCGUACCCAGCCAGUGCUGUCGAGAAGCUGCUCGAUCCCAGUGCUGCCCAUCGACUGUGGCUCCCCGCAGGAGUUUCUAAGGUAAUGGCACCUUUUUACUGCUGAGGAGCAGGUGGAUGACAUCCCCUCCUCGCCCGAAGAAAACGCCGCUCUCUUCCUGCUGAAGAAGGACAGCGAGUGCCGGGCCACACUCUUCAAGAUACUGACGGAUGACUGCGAGACCGUGGUCUGGAAUAUUCUAGAAGCUCAGGCUCAGAGCUCCGAGCGCAAGUUGACGAGCGAACACAUCAGGCACCUGGUGACCUGCCUGAAGAACUACAUUCGCUCCCCGGACCGUGCGUUCAUGAGGAAAGCCCUGUCCAGCCUGAAGGCUGAGCUGCGCAUCAACAAGGGGGCGCUGAGUGAGAUCCAGAUUGUCCUGUUUAGCUUCCAGGAUGCUGUGAGGAAAGUUCUUCGAUUGCAUCAGAUAAAACCACACUGGAUGUUCGCUCUGGACAAUAUCAUUCGUAAGGCCAUGCAGAUAGCCUUUACUGUUCUAAUGCCAGAGCUGAAGCUACAGAUGGAGACCACGUCUGACCAGGACAAGGAUGACCGAGGCACCGAGGACCAGCCGGGCAAAUGGAGGGGGAGCCUGGGAGACGUGCGGGAGACGGACGAACUGGAGCUGCAGAACGACGGCGCUGGUACCUCGGGCGUGAGCACGCUCAGCCGCUCGGUCUCGUACGACUCCCAGCAGAACAUCUCCCCUCUCAUCACACAGCUCAGCCGACUACGGGCUGAAACUAACCGCCUUCAGGAGGACCUUGCAGAGAGGGAGAGAGAAUGCCAUGAGCUACUGUUGCACACCCUUCAUCAGAAAAACAAUGACAUUGUGCUGCUGCGGAAAAGAUCAGGAUCCAUGGAUGAUAAUCUCAGCUUCCAGUCAACUCUUGUGGAUUCCAAAACUGAAGAACUCACACAGUGGCUGCUAACAACACACGUUGACCAGCGGACAGUAGGCAAGAUUCUUGCCAACGGUUACACACUUCAGGAUUUACAGACUGAUGUGACAAAGGAUGACCUGAGGUACAGCCAGAUAAGGGGCGGAAUGCUGUGCAGACUCUGGGCUGCCAUCAGUGCCCACAGGGGGGUCCACGAGGCACAGUAGGGAGCAGGCACUGGCUGGACAGACGCGCUGUGCUUCUGAAACAAGGACACCAUCUACCAUUGGCUACAAAUUUAAAGGGCACAAUGCAGAAUGGACAGAAACCUGUGCUGCUGGGAGCACCAGGGGCUACAGGGUGACAGCUGUGGAGAGAUUAUGGGGCAGUGACAGUCUGCAUCUCCAGCAGCUUCAACUCUGGCCUGUCUCCCAUCACCAGGAAUUGUGUAUCUGGGAUUGCUGCAAGUGUAACUCCCGGUCGCACACCGGAUGAGUUUGGUGUGCAACCUCUAAGGACGCAAAUGUUCACAACUGACAUAUGAUAUACCAUGUUCACAGUUUAUGCUCACGUGUGACACUCGAUGCAAGGCUCACGGCCGACACACUUGUGUAAUAUUGGUGCAAGCGUUUACGUUGGCUAUGAACCAACCGUGGGUCCGUGCAGCCCGAGAGCAUCGCUGGGCUGGAAUAUUUACAGCCACGCUCUCCACAACAUGGUGGGUGAAGGAAAACUAUAUCCUCAUUUGGUUUCACAGGGAAGUCAUUUCCUACGAGAUUGGAUCACUCAUUUCCUCGCUUCAGCCUGGUUUUGCAAGGAUGCGUUCCCACAGAUUUUAUCAGAGGCUUCCUAGUCAUCCUUUGUGCCUUUGUCAGCACCUUUGCCCAUUUCAUAAUUAAUAGACUAGAGAGUUCAAAGGAAUUGGAAAGACAAGUGAUCAUCUUUGAUUGUUCUUUUCCAGGGCUGCAGCCUCCAGUGUUUGGGAGAGUAAUCUAACUCUAGAGUCUAGUGGUUCCCAACGUGGGGCGUACGCCCCACAGGGGGGCAAUUCGGAUUUUUAAGGGGGGCAAUUGAGCGCGACUGAGGAGGUCUGGGUCCAAAUUUUCAAUUUUAAUUUUUUUGGAUUUUCCAUCAGGUAAAUUUUCAUAUGUAGUUUAUGUUUCAGAUGUUAUUUUGACUUUUUAAAUGAUAAGAAU